AUUCGCUUUCGUCCCGAUUGUUCAAUCGAACACGAGCUCAACAAGGAUCCCCCGAUUCUUCUUCGUCGUGGGUAACCGCCAGGGGGAGUGACACACCUCUCGAGAGGCUUCACGUGUGUCCGAUGUUAAGCGUGGCUGUCCGAGCUGUCGCCGACGAGGCUUUCUGGAAGCAGUUUUCCUCGGGUUCGGCGGUGUGCACACCUUCUUCUUGAGUCUCGUCGAAGCAUUUCCCGCCAACUUCCCGGCCGUCGUCAAGUUUCUUCCCCAUCACCCGUUUGGUCGCUCAGACGGCUUCUGCACCCUUUCCAUAUCUGUCUCAUUUGUUGGACGAGAGCGACGCGCUGAGAGAGGUUUCGCUUUUCCUCAGUCUUCCCCUCCUAACUCCGUCUGCGUUUCGUGUCUAGCAUCCAUGCAGGGAACAAGAAACUCGGCACUACACUGCCGGGACGGGGUCCCGUCGGCGGGUGCCGCUGAAGAACACACACGCUGUCCGCCGCUGCGCUUUUCAAGCGGCGCGAGGGCGCACUUCAGGCCUACUCAAGUGUGCCUAGUCGCACCUCUGUUGGCUCUUCUCGGCGCGCUCUUCACUUCCGUGUCGGGCUUUCGGGAUUUGCCGUCGCAGUCGGAGUGGCUCUGCCGAAUUUCAGAGUCUGGCCAGCGCUGCGGCGACGUGUACGCCAACGAAGUGACGCAGCAGAAGGGCGGCAUCUGCAGAGCGGGAGACUGCUGCGCGAGAACCGCGGUAGGGAGUUCCGGCAUGUUUGGGGACAUCUGCACCUCGGACGAGUACCAGUGCAGGCACCACAAAGAUCAGUUCAGCUUCGGCAAGUGCGACCUGAAGAACCAGUGCCACCGCUGCUCGAAGAACUCCAGGUGCCACCAAGACAACUCGGAGAACGGCGGAGUGUGGUGUCAGUGCCCGCCUGGCGGCGAGGGCAGCGGAAUCACCUGCAAGGUCGAUCCCUGCAAGGGCAACCCGUGCAACAACGGGAUUUGUUUGCCGAAGGAAGACGACGAGUCCGCAUUCGAGUGCCAGUGUUACCCCGGAUACACGCUGAUGGAAGACUCCAUGGGAAGGUACAGAGCUUGCGUGGACUAUUGCGGCGCUGGAGUCUGCGGCGAAGGCGCCCUGCGGUGUCUAAACGGCGAGUCGCGACACAUGUGCAUCUGCAAGGAGGGGUACGUGAAUCAAACCCUCAACGGGUUUGACACUUGUGUUCCCCUGGAUUUGUGCUCCGUGCAGCCAUGCGGAAAGCCGGAGGCGGUCGUCGCCUGCAAGACGACUUCCACGACCACGUACACCUGUGAGUGCCAGGUCGGAUUCAAGGAAACAAAGCUCGACGGGCGGCCCUACUGCGCUGCCGACGUCAGCAACUGAAAAACUGAGCAUCUGCGCGCCAUGGUCUGACGAGUGGAGCACAUCGAGGGAACCGAGUUAAAUCACAGGGAACUGACGACCAAAGCUUCGUUGGUGACGACACUCGAGACUUUCCGCACUUCUGAAAAGGUGACUCUGCAGAGAUCGGAAGCCGGGGGUCGACGGCGCCACGCAGAAAGUUCGCGCCGAAUCGGGGCACCUCUCAGCCUGGUGGUGAACGGUCGAGUGUCGGACCCACGUUCGUGGAAGAACGGUCACUCAGGAACUAUUAAGCGUCCAGCAGAUCUAGAAGCGGCAUCUCUGUUUCUUCAGGGUGGGGUCAACCACACUCUCCAGCCUGACAACCUAAUGCUCUCGUACUAUGAGCCGCAUUCGCAGAUUCCACGAAAGUGCCGCCUUUCAGCCUCACCAACGAAUUCAAAUUCCUACGUGCGUAAUGCCAGAGGCAGAGCCUGCAUCUCGUAUUUACCGAACAAGGUACAUUUCAAAUCGGGGAACCCUGAACGGCAAACGCAGAUUCCGAAUCUACAGGACCUCACUUUGUGCGCAGUCGGCCACCAGGUGUGUAGCUAGCAUGUCGUAGGCUCACAAGGUGAACUGCAGUGCAAAACCCACUUUUCCGGUUGAUACUGACAAGCGAGCUCUGCCUUGGUUGCGCAGCAAAACUGCCAGCAGAUGGAAGUCUUUUAUGCCGCAUGCAGAGCAGAACCGCUCCUCUUGUAAUGUUGUCAAUCGAGGUUUGCCACAACGGUGCUUGCUGGUGCUGGUGCCCGUCCAAGUUUUCGACGUGCAUUCUGUAUUAUCAUGUGAAUUCGUUUGGAAUGAUGUGUAAACGGCGCUCACACCUCCCCUGAGUAUAUCAACUUUAAACCGUAGCAGCGCGGCAAAUGCAACGCCUCGCAUGCUCAGACUUCACGAGUCACAUCCAAAAUAAACAAGAAAGAGUGUCACACUGCGAGCUGGAGCGCUACUCGUCGCCCCGGUUACCCCAGUCACCGUCUCGAGAACAAGACUUCGUAGCGAACUGGGGAUCUUUUCGACCAAGCCGAAAAAAAGUGGACACAGAAGGAAACUGUUCCCGAACGCACGUUUACCAAGUAACCACUGAGAUGCACGAAUGGACUCAGUUGAUGCUUGUGCAGC